CAAACCUGCUGUUCUAGUCUGCAAUAACAAAAAAAUAUCGUAGUGCUACCAAAACUACUCUUCGUUCGGUGUCUGUGUAUAAAUUGUUUGGCUAUCCCAAACGUUUCAUCUUUAUCUGAGUUUAUUAUAAUUUCUAUUUCGCUGUUGUUAGCUAGUGGUUAAGCAUUUGUUUUGUUAUAUUUCCGUUGUUCUUCUAUUGCAACGCACACUCUCGUUCUAUGAGUCUACAGUAAGGCGGUGUACAGCAGCUUAGGAAAACAAAGCCAGCACUAUAGUGAAAUAAAAGCGGCGAGAGAUAACACAACACAAUGCUCCGUAUCUUCCGCAAUGCCAUACUGGACAAACGCAUCACCCGCAAGACGUUCUCCUUCUCGGCUAUUGCGGCCAAGCGCUACGUCAUAAAAGAUCACUACGAAUUCGAUCAGAAGGUAAUAAACAGUGACAACCCGGUGAUCGUAAACUUUCACGCCGAAUGGUGCGAUCCGUGUAAAAUACUUACCCCGAAAAUGACCGAAUUGCUGGAACCAUCGGAUGAGAUCGAUCUGGCAAUCGUGGACGUAGACGAUAAUGCGGAGCUGGUGCAAACGUUCGAGGUGAAAGCGGUUCCUGCAAUACUUGCCUUCCGAAACGGUGUGGUGGUAGAUAAAUUUAUCGGUCUCGUAGAUGCGAAUAUGAUUGAAAAUUUGAUUGGUAAAUUGGCCAAAAAAAAGACCACCUAAGGUCACAAUUUUAAGAAGCUAUCGGACAGGCGGCACGUGAGUGUGGUUCAGCACACGUGUUUGUGUUAUGAAUGGGGCCAUUUUUAAAAAAUUGCAUUACAAAACCGGUAGCUCAUUUUAAGGAUGGCACAAUAACGUUAUAUGUACGCGCGGAUAGCUACUGCACACAUAGGAAACUAUAGCAACAAGAAAAAAUGACCCUACAACGGUAAACGGAAGCGGGAAAUGUGACAAAACAAAAGUGUGCAUUUUCAAGGGUUCAAGUGGUGGUGGUUCAAGCCACUACUUCUUACCACUUCUUCUCUACGAUAGGCAUUGUGAUGUACAGUGAUCGAUUUUAUUGUUUUCUGUAAGUGUCCACCUGGUGAAACGAUUUUAUUUUUUAAUUUACGAUCGAAAAUAUACGGGAAAACGAAACGAG